AUCGCCGUUUUUGCAUGAGUAUAUUAAAUACGGCGUAAGCUCAGAACUAGCAAGGGAGUCCUUUACGCCUCCCACCACAUAACCACGCCACAUCCAACUGUUGGAAACUUUACCAAUAUUGUUAUUCCAUGCUCAAUUCCAAACUCUCGGAUUUUUUCCAAGGGGAAUUGGAUAGCCAACACGCAGCAAGCAAGAAAUCCAGGAUUACGAGCGAAAUGCAAACUUCAAUCCCAGUUCGUUUUGCAAUCACCAUUUCAAAAUCGCAGCACUAACAAGAAUUCUAGAUGCAUAAAGCCAGUACAUUUCGAUGGAUGCGUACGUUACUGUGCAAUGAAGCUUAUAGCAUCUGGCUUUUCACGCGUAGUGAUCUCAAAACCAUCGUGCUUCCUCAGUCGAUCUUUGGGGUGCUCGGUGCGCAAUCCGGAUCCGGAUUAAUCGUUCCACCCGACCGUUAUAAGCACGAUCGCCUUCAUCGAGCACCCUUGGUCUUACUUUGGGUCUGGAUAGUGCUUCUACCAUUUGCCAUCGACAAUCAACGUCGCCCUGAAGCCAUCGAGGAAGACAAGGCGAACAAACCAUGGAGACCCCUCCCUUCCAAGAGGCUGAGCCCGAGACAUGCAUUUUGGCUGAUGCUUGCGAGCCACAUAGCUGGAGUAAUCUAUAGCUUGUGUGCGGGAGGCUUACGCCAAAAGCUUAUCGGGAUUGCCUUGGGUUGGAUCUACAAUGAGCUUGGUGGGGCUGACAGGUCCUGCAUCGGGAAGAACGUCGUCAAUGCCCUUGGAUAUGUUACAUUUAGCACCGGGGCUAUUUCAGUUGCAGUUCCUGGAACCUUUACCAUCCGUGGAUAUGAAUGGUUUCUCCUGACAGGGUUGAUGGUCCUGACGACAGUUCAGAUGCAAGACUUACCCGAUAUGGAAGGAGAUGCUGCACGAGCCCGUAAUACCGUUCCGUUGGUCAUUGGGAGUGGGCCGUGUCGAUGGUCAAUCGCUAUCUUGGUCCCCUUUUGGACGCUGCUGGUGAUUGGAUUCUGGUGGACAUUCUCAUUGCCCGCGGUUCUGGGGGCGAUCAUAGCUGCGUUCGUUUCUUGGAGAGUCCUCAACAGGCGGACGGUGCGAGAUGAUAAACUAACGUUCCGUAUCUGGAAUCUGUGGAUCAUCACCAUAUAUGCAAUGCCUCUGGCAAAUGGUUCCAUUUAAUAGGAACAAAGCAAACAGCAUCGGAUUCCUAAACAAUGAAUACUUACACACAUGUAUCUUCCGCAGGCUUUACUAGGGAACGAUGAAAUGUUUCAGGCAGUGACUGCCUUUCGCGCGAUUAAUCUCGAAGCAAUAAAGACCGUGGAUAUGAUGACGGUGUAAGCG